AGGGAGGGAGCGGGGCCGCGCGCAGGUACGGACACGGGGGGGAGAGGGGCCCUGAGGGGAGAGCGGGGAACGGCUGGGAGAACUGCGGGAGAAUCGGAGCUGGGAAACCGGGAGCGCUGGACUCUCCCUGUCUCCAGGAGGAGCUGAAGGCCGGAGGUGCCCACCAUGGAUUUCCAGCACCGCCCUGGAGGUAAAACGGGCAGCGGGGGCGUGGCCUCGGCCUCCGAGAGCAACCGGGACCGGCGGGAGCGGCUGCGGCAGCUGGCCCUGGAAACCAUCGACAUCAACAAGGACCCCUAUUUUAUGAAAAAUCAUCUUGGCUCCUACGAGUGCAAGCUUUGCCUGACGCUCCACAACAAUGAGGGGAGUUACUUGGCACAUACCCAGGGGAAGAAGCACCAGACCAAUUUGGCCCGACGAGCUGCCAAGGAAGCCAAGGAAGCUCCUGCCCAGCCUGCCCCAGAGAAGGUCAAAGUGGAAGUGAAGAAAUUUGUGAAAAUUGGGCGCCCAGGCUACAAAGUGACCAAACAGAGAGACCCAGAAACAGGCCAGCAGAGCCUUCUCUUCCAGAUCGAUUACCCUGAGAUAGCUGAGAGCAUCAUGCCCCGACACCGCUUCAUGUCGGCCUACGAGCAGCGCAUCGAGCCCCCGGACCGGCGCUGGCAGUACCUGCUGAUGGCAGCAGAGCCCUACGAGACCAUCGCCUUCAAGGUGCCAAGCAGAGAAAUUGAUAAAGCAGAGGGAAAGUUUUGGACUCACUGGAACAGAGAAACCAAACAGUUCUUCCUUCAGUUCCACUUCAAGAUGGAGAAGCCCCCGGCCCCCCCGAACCUCCCCCCGGGGCCCCCGACCGUCAAGCGGCCGCCGCCCCCUCCCCUGAUGAACGGGCUGCCCCCACGGCCCCCCCUGCCCGACUCCCUGCCGCCCCCUCCCCCGGGGGGCAUGGCCCUGCCCCCCAUGCCCCCCUCGGGGCCGGUGCCCCCCCCGCCCGUGCCCCCCCAGCUGCCCCCAGCGCCCGGCGUGCCCCCCCCUGCCCCGCUGCCCCCCAUGAUGCGGCCGCCGCUCCCCACCGAGGGGCCGGGCACCAUCCCCCCUCCCCCUCCCUCCAACUGAAGCCCCUCCUGGGCUCCAUCCCGUGGGAUUUGUGUCUUUUUAACUGCAGCUCACCCCCGAUUCGGGGAACAGUUCCUUUUUGUACGUCCGGAAACCUGGCUGGAUUCUGUAGGUUCAUUAAAAGGGUUUUGAUUCUCCUUUC